AUGUCUGCACUCAAUGUCUCAGAUGACAACAACGCCAAUCUGGCAGACACCACCAGGAAAGGAAACCAACCGCUCGCUCGGCCUCUAACCCCUUCCAAUCUUUUAACUGAUUCUCCAUCCGGAUCACCGCCCAGCGCCCCGUCUGGUAGUCCAUACAGCACCUCAUCCGACAGUUCACCCGGCGACAACAGGCCUAAAACUCGUCGAACGCGCCGAAAAGGCAAACAUGUGAAGUUCCAAUACGGUCCACCAGCCACGGUCUCAUCACUGGACGGUCGACAGCAAGAACAGUCCACCCAGACAGAGCAGCAGCAGCUACAGUCUCAGCCGAACUAUGCCUCUGAAUCACAGCCACAACCCCAACAAGUAGAGAGUCAAUCAUCGACGCAGUCACGACUCUCGCGAGCAUCCUUUGAUGUGCUGAACACCCUUCCGAUGCAAUACGCACCUUUCACACCGGCCUCAUCACCACCGCCAUCGCCGAGGUCAGAGCCGCCCUACACGCCAGCCACGAUUUACGUUUUUCCAAUUCGUAGCGAGGAUCAGAGAGUAUUACUCGAUGCGGAAAAAGAUUCAGUGGAAGAGAAGGACAGUGAAAGAGGCGGUGCAGUGCUGAGAGGAGGUGCUAGCAAUGCGGGAUUGGACGUUAUUCCUGAGGUAACGGAAGAAGAUGACUCCGAAUUAGAGAGGAGUAGCAGCAACGAGACAAUAACGCCAGCUAGGUGGAGAGUAUUGGAAAUAUUGCCUAGGUUGCAGGCUAGGUUGGGAAUAUUAUCGAGUCCUUCGGAGACAGAAUCGGACGAAAGCAAUCCGCCACCGCCCUCAUGGGCCAUAACCAGAUUCUUUCGCCGCAUAUCCAGACACUGUCGCACCGAUCCCUUUGCUUUCACUAUAGUGUUCCUUGCCUUAUUCAACUUCCUCCUUUUGCUUGGUUAUAGUAUAUAUUCCAUAUUCAGACCAUACCUGCCGCUCAACCAUGACGUCGACGCUGGACCUCGACUAAUAACGACUGACGCUGAACCUCUCAUUUUGAGGCUGAGAGGAGGUGCUGGCGAUGGGGCGGAUGUUGUUUCUGAGGCAAGGGACGAAGACCUCGAAGCAGGACGGUCUCCUUCCAGGGGACGGCGUCAUUCCAGGACACGACCGGAGGGCGAAAUCAAUCCACCAGCCCGUAGAAUUUCUCCGCUCGAGAUCGGGGUAACAGGGAACGAGAGAUCAUGGGCAUGGCGUGAUUACUCGCUCGAAAGUGGGGGGUAUAGGCUCGUACCCGUCUUCAGAGCCAUCGGCAGAACAGCGAGAGCAGCGGGCAAUGGCAUAGCCGGAUUCUCUCGCCGCGCAUGGCGAAGAUUUUGGGACAAUCACCCAAUUGCCGUUAUUAUCGGCGCAUUAAUGGGGGCUGGGCUCAUCGCCGUCUUGGUAUGGGUUGUCUACCGUGAAUUCAAACGCAAAAAUAAUCAUGACUGCCUUGGACCUCCUAUAACAACAACGACGACGACGACGACGAUGACGAUGACGAGUACCGCUGAACCUCUGCCGACGGCGACUUGGAAGUCGGCAUGCGAGCUAAGGGAGGGGAACGGAAUGGCACUGGCAUGUAGAGGAAGAAACGCCACUGUCGACGUUUAUAGUUCUACACUGUCAUUCGCAUAG